AGCCAAACCGACCUCCGUCCUCCCCCAAACACUGCUUCUACCCUCGCCUCUCGACUCCCCCAUCAUCCAUCCCUAGACUUGCCAUAUACCCAGACGACAUUCUCACUGGGGAAUACACACAGUCAUCAAUAAUGUCGCGAUCAGCCCGAGUCGAGGAGGUAUACGACUCCGACCCCGAGGAAGUUGUGCCCAUCGACCGCCCCUCCGCCAGCUUCGCCAAUGACUCCAUCAUCUCCCCUGCUGGCAUUCCCACCACGUCUUCGAUGCCCACGAGGCCUCCCCCGGAGCCGACGCGCGAGAUCCCUAAACACUACCAAUGCUUGUACCCCGUAUACUUCGACAAGUCGCGGUCCCGCGCCGAGGGCCGCAAGGUCGGCGCUGAACUGGCUGUCGAGAACCCGCUCGCUCGAGACAUCGUCGAUGCAGUGCAGAUGAUGGGACUGACCGUGGGCUUUGAGCCGGAGAAGUUGCAUCCCAAGGACUGGGCCAACCCUGGUCGCGUGCGCGUGAUGCUGAAGGAUGAAAGCGGGCAAUCGGUCAACCCUCAAAUCAAGAACAAACAUCAUCUAUACAUCCUUGUGGCACAGUACCUCAAAGCUCACCCCACUACCGAAGCUUCGCCCUACCGAUUGAGAAUCAGAGGACUGCCCGUGCCUGAGAAACUCCCCGCCGCACCCCCCGCCCCCCGCGGCUGGAAGAUUGGAAAGAUCCUUCCCAUUCACUCCCCCGCGUAUAGCGGUGGUGGAGUCAGCGAUAACCCGCUCAAGGACGCUAUGGCUGAGAUGCAGAAUAUGCAGGGCAUGCCUGGUAUGCCCGAGAUUCCUGGGAUGGCGGAUCUGGCAAACAUGAUGGGCGGCUUGGGCGGCUUGGAACCCCGCCACUGCGACCGAGGGACCAUGAACACCAGCCCACCUCCCAGUAAUUCGUCCAACUGCGGGCAGGCCGAUCCCAGCCCCAGAUCUCCUCCAUUACGCUACAAUAGCUAUGACAACACUCCAGCAUCCGCCUCCUCUUCCAUCGCCGCUGCGCCCCGGGCUGGGAAACCGGGCAGCCGGCAGAUCACGCGCAACCGCGCCAGCUACAGCUGCCACACCUGUCGGAGACGGAAGGUGAAAUGCGACAAGGUCCAUCCAAUCUGCGGUAACUGCCAGAAGAACGAAACCGAAUGCGUCUACGAUGCCUCAGCGCAAAAGGACACCACCGAGGCGCGCAAUGCGCCAUUCAAGGACGGACAAGGCGUCAAGCGUCGCAGAGAGUCGUCGCAGCAGCUGGAGGAGGAGGACAUGGAUGAUCUCCAAUCGCUCUACGGGCAUCUGAAGCGGAGCGGCUCCUCGGAGCAGCAGCCGCUGGGGUCACAGGGGAUUGAAGCGCGGCUGGAUAAGCUCACCUCGAUGAUUGAGCGGCUGAGCAAGACUAGCAGCCAGGCGCUUAACCCGUCGGAGAAGCUACUGCUGUUGCAGAAUGCCGGCUCGGAGUCACUGUUGCAGAAAGAACCGCGUGUGGCUGGCGGGGCGACGUCGAAGGUGGCCAAUGUCGCGCGCUCGGACAGUCCGCGUCGCGUGGCGGAUUCGAGCGGCGAUGAGUUCCCGAUACCGGCCGGUCAUGCGACGGACUUGGUUGAUCCAGUUGGGAGUCUGAAUCUGGGCCAUCUAAGUUUGGAGGAUGGGGGUCGGUCGAGAUAUGUGGGAACUACGUACUGGGCGUAUAUUUCUCACGAGAUCAAUGAGCUCAACGAGCUACUCAGGGUGCAGAACCGCUCCCAUCCUGAGUCGAAUUCACACAAGACUUCGGCCGAAGAUACUGUCGCGGAACCCAUGGAAGCCACACCUAGUCGCCAGUGGAAGCCCGGAACCGAUGGCGCUGGUGAGCUCGGCGUUGAUCAGACAUCCGGAGGAGAAAAAUUCCAGAAGUCCGUAUUGUUCCCAUCGGGUGAAUCGCCGUCUAUCAAGGGCAAGGUGGUGGAGCCGGAGAUGCUCGAGAAUAUGCCGACCAAGCGACAGAGUCACGUCUUGUACAAAGGAUUUAUGUCUGGAGUUCACGCCAUUACCCCCGUCAUUCAUCCCCCGACCAUACACAAGCUCUACUACUCGUUCUGGGACUGGUAUGACUCUAGCAGCUACUCGGGCGACCCUUGCCCGGACCCGUCUUUUAUACCGUUGCUCUAUGCAAUCUGGUAUGGUGGUUCCGUCACCAUAUCACUCCGCACCAUCAAGGCUGAAUUCAAUGUGUCGUCACGGGCAACGCUCUCGAAGGCUUACAACGACGAAGUGACAAGAUGGUUGACCAAGAUCUCUUUUCCCCGAAGUCCUUCUUUGCAAGGCCUGGCUGCAUACCUUCUGGUUCAGACGAUACUUGCCAAGGAGGAAGAGCCACUAACGAGCAGUCUUUUCGUCAGUCUCGCCAUGAGAGUCGCUCAGACCAUGGGUCUGCACCGGGAUCCUGCUAAGUUCGGUAUCGGACCCUGUGAAGCAGAAUAUCGUCGUCGCAUAUGGUGGCAUAUCGUGCAUAUGGACGGUGUGGUUGCCAUGUCUAGUGGACUACCUCCGUUAGUCAGUGACGAGAACUACUGGGAUGUCCGUGACAGCAGCGAGGUGAAAGAUACCUUGCUCGGUACUCCAGAGGCCGAAAAAUAUGAUCGACUAGUCAUGACCGGCCUGAGGCUUCCCGACAAUCCAGAUGACCCGACCAUUUGUGGCGGUCCAUCAAUGGUCAACGUCUACUACCUGGCAGCUCGGGGAAAGUAUACGAUGGCGCGUGCUGUUCGACGAAUUUUGAAGAUCCAGCUCGGCACCAGGCCGUUAACACGACGCGAUAUGGAAGAGCUUCGGACGAUUCUGGUCGAGCUGCAGCAGAACUUGAAUUCCAUCGUUUCUCGUAUCCCGGAGGCCGAGUCGACCGAUGUCUCGUCGGUUCCUUCGACUAGAUCCUGGUCUACUUCCUCGCUUGCUGAGAACCGCGGCAGUGAUAUUGAAUUACCCGGAGAAGGGCCGAAUGGCUGUCCGGAACAGUAUCAUUCACCAGUCCUGGUGUCCUUUCACAAGUGGGCUAGGAUUGUCCUUUCUCUCUUCAUUGACAAGGCUUUCUGUGUCGCCUAUCAACCUUUCCUCAAGAACGCAAAGAGCCGAAUCUGGCCUGCUGCGAGACAAAGUGCUCUCCGCCACUGUCAUGGCUUCAUGGAGAAAUUCGUUUCCCUCGCAACCGAUCCUGACUUCCAACCAUUUCAGUGGAGCUGGCCCGGCAACCAUCAGCCAAUGCAUGCUACCAUGAUUAUGCUUAUUGAUCUCUACGAACGACCCUAUAGCCCCGAGGCGCCCAAGUCCCGGGCAUACAUCGAUAAGAUUUUCUCCAUGACCGGCCCCGACGGAGGGGUUGUCGGCGGCGAAGACGGCAUCUCGACCCAACGGCCCUUGAACGACGGUGGUCGCGAGGCAUGGGACAUGAUCCGCAGGCUGCGUCAGCAGGCCUGGCAGCGAGCCGGCCUCGAUCCCAAUCGGCUAUGGUCCGAACAGGCGCAGAUUCAAGCAGGCGUGGCUGCUACAGCUGACGACUACGCAACUGCCUCGGACACCGAUGCAGCUGCCUCCCGGCGACAGCCCAAGGACUUCUCCAGGCUAUUCCCCAACAUGAGUCGAUCCCACCCCCGCCCCAGCUCACUCCGCUACCAGCUCCCCUCUCCCACUCAACACCAUCUUCAACCGCAGCAACGAUCCCCUUCACAACCAGCAAGCCUCCACCCAGCACCCUUCACCUUCAGUCAAACCCUGCAGCGCCACCCCACCACCUCACCGAGAGGGGGACCUUCUCCCCCUCCCCCUCCUCCUCCUUCUGUCCAUCAGUCAGGCCAUCAUCCUCCAGCCCUCCCAGCCUUUCUCGUCGAUGCCACCGCCUCGCCCGCCACGGUCCCCACCCCGCCGUCGAUGGUGGAUCCCAACCUAAACUUCGACUGGGACCAGUGGGACGCCGUCUUCGGGCAGCAUCUGCCCGUCGCCGACGAGCUCAUGGAACUUGACCCGGUCACGGGUUUGGAUUUUGGGGAUCUGGGCACUGAGGGGGGUGGUGGUAGGGGCGAUCAUCGGCCGGAGACGCACAGGUCUGAUUGGGCGGGUUAUUAA